AUGGGAUUGAAAUCGAAAAAUAAACAUUCGAGAAUCAACUUCGAUGAUCCUUCAACAACAAGACCUGGAAGCUUGGCAAAAUCUGCUGUUUUAGCGGCAUUGGAAGAAGAUGAACGUAAUAAGGCCGGAUCCAAACCAGGUCCAUUAAACAUGUAUUAUAGAUGCUAUAAUAGAAUAUGGCUGCAGUAG